AUGUACCCUCGUUGCGUGCACCUGCAGGCUGAGAACGGCAGGCCUUUGGAGCAGGUCGACACAGAAGCUAUCAAGGCAAAGGUAUGGCUAUCCGUCACAGGCUAUAUUGCUCCAAGGCAUGCUGCUAUAAUAUCCUCUCAGUCUCUGCCUGUAGCUCUGCCUGUAGCUCUGCCUGUUGCUCUGCCUGUUGCUCUGCCUGUUGCUCUGCCUGUUGCUCUGCCUGUUGCUCUGCCUGUUGCUCUGCCUGUUGCUCUGCCUGUAGCUCUGCCUGUUGCUCUGCCUGUUGCUCUGCCUGUAGCUCUGCCUGUUGCUCUGCCUGUUGCUCUGCCUGUUGCUCUGCCUGUUGCUCUGCCUGUUGCUCUGCCUGUUGCUCUGCCUGUUGCUCUGCCUGUUGCUCUGCCUGUUGCUCUGCCUGUUGCUCUGUUACCAUUCAUUCAGCGUUCCAAUUUCGUCCUCCUCCCCUCCGUCCGCCUUCCUCCCCCUCCCGUCUAUCCCCUUAACUCCUCCUACCUUUCUCCCACCAGGCUCGCCUAG